AUGUGCGCCCGACAUAAGAACUUGAAGGUGAUUGCGAUAGGAGAAAGCAAAGAAACCCACGUCAACCGCCGGAGAACCGAAAGACUAAAGUGGCUCAAUCCGCUGCCUGCCACCAUUCUCCUAAGGUACUACUAUUGUCUACCACAACUCCAGAGUACCUACCAUCUGUCCAAACCUUGGGAUCUCCCAUGCUUACUUGAAACUUGUCUGGGCGUCACCUUCUUCCAAGUUCCCCCACCCGCACAGCCCACGGUCCACAGUCCCGCAGCCCAAGCGCUCGGCAGCAUCUACGCAAGACACAGUACCUGUACAUCAUCACCACAAUAUUCCAGGUUCAUCAUCAGCAUCAGCAUCAGCAUCUACAUUCGGACCUGCAUCAAGCCUCUGCAGCCCCCGUUCAAGCACAUGUCUACCGCCCCCAUCGGAAUCUUCCAGUCUUCUCCCAACAACCAUCAACUUCUCCAGCUUCCUCCGAUUGACCUGGAUCUCUCCUCUUUCCCGUCCUCCCGUAUCCCGACCGUCUCAUCCCAUCCCAUCCCGUCCAAUCCAACUUCACGGAUAUCCACACCUCCAAUUGCGCAGUCCACAAUCCACAUGCGCAGAACGGAUACACCAUCAGCAUCUCCACGUUGUCGCCCAUCUCACUUUGCUGUCACUGCGCCUUCCCAUCUGCCGUACUCUGCGUACCGCGCACUCCCGCCUUCCUAUCCGAACAAACACCCGCUGUCCCCGUCACUUUGGUCCAGUUUGCCUUCCAAUACCUACAGCACCAACUUCCAGUCUUCCUCUGUUGGCACUGAGGCCCCCACGAACCAGUUCUGUGCACGAAGCCGCCUCUUCCCUGUUUCGACGUCCAAUCUCGACCUCCUCGUCCUUCAAUCCCCCUUCAAUGGCACUGUCCUGACCAGCCGCCCGUCUUCCUUCUUGAGCACUUCUUCUUUUACUUCUUCUUCCGUCAUUCUUUACCUUUCUUCUUCCUCCAAUUCAUUCCAGCUUCGCACCGUUUGGGCCUUCGAAUCCCCGACAACCACCUCGAAUCGUGUCUCGCGAUUCUCGACUGCAGCACCCGACCGACCAACAACCAAGCUCCUGCUCUCCGCGCCUCGAGCACCCCUUUACCCUUUUCUCGAUCACGGUCUUGCGCUGCCGCUCGCCUGCCUCCUUCAUCCGAUAUCCGAACUACCCUUCUACUCGAGUCCAUCGUCCAUCCCCCCCGGGACCGACUUGCGACGACACCCUACCUCACUACUCCAUCCCACGACCCCGCGACCACUCUACACCAUGGUGAAGCUCAUUCCACCAUCGUUUCCGCCCCGGCGGCCUUCGAGCUUCCUCCGCUACGCCGCCGCCGUCAUCUUUUUCGUGGCUCUCUUCUACUACUUCGACCCGCGAUACCCAAGAGAACCUCUGACACAGCUUCAACCAGAGAAGCCGAAGCAACCCCCGCAAACACCAGACCCGGUGGCUCCGGCACAGGUUGAGGAUGUCACAAAGCCGACGGCUCAGGCCGAGACGACACCGAUACCUCCGAAAGCCGAUCAAGCAUCGUCGGGAGCUAAACCCCCCUCAGCGGGCAAUACCAAGGUUGAAGGCGGUGUCGAUCCGUCAAAAGGACAUCCCAUAGAUGCCUUGAUCAAAGAGGCCGACGAAACGUUUGAUAAGUUGUUGGAGAAGGAGACCAAGACGCUGCCCGCCGCGGCCAAGGCCUACCGCGAGCGACGUGGUCGCCACCCUCCCCCGGGCUUUGACGCAUGGUUUCAAUUCGCCCAGGACCGCAAGGCUGUCAUUGUGGAGGACUUUUUUGACCAGAUCUACCACGAUCUAAAACCGUUCUGGGGUCUCGAACCAUCACGCAUCCGAAAAGAGGCGGCUGAAUGGGAGAUGGUGAUCAAGGUGCGCAAGGGACGAGCCACCCGUAUCAGCGACUGGUUCUGGACCAUCCACUGGACAAACAUGCUCAAGACGAUUGAGCAUCUGCUACCCGACAUGGACAUCGCCCUGAAUCCGAUGGACGAGCCGCGCAUGGUGGUGCCGUUUGAGGAUAUGGAGCAGCAUUUGAGGGACGCUGCCCUGAUGGAAGGGAUGCCCGAACCGAAAAAGGUUAUGAACACAUUCCAGGCCCUGCCCAGUAGCAAAAAGGAGCUCGACCGCAACGUCAAGGUCAAGAGCAAGCACUGGGAUAAAGUCACGAAACAGUACUGGCUCAUUGCCCGCCGUGGGUGCCCUCCCGACAGCCCUGCUCGACUGGCAAAGACGCAAAGGACCUUUAACCAUGCCCCCGCCGUUUCGACAAAGUAUGCCAAGCCGCAUAUGCGCGACGGUUUUGUUUCCAACUACACUCUCUCGACCCAUAUCUGUCACCAACCCGACCUGCAAGGCCUCAAUGGCAUCUUCAUUGAGCCCCUAAGCACAGCUGCCACGCCUGUUCUGUUUCCAAUGUUUGGCGGUUCCAAGCUGGCCGUCAACAAUGAGAUCCUGCUUCCUGCAGCCAUGUACUGGACAGAGGAAGAACGGUUUAGUGGCGGUGGGUACCAUGGGGGCCGCUGGAACAAGAAGAAGGACGCGGUGCUCUGGCGCGGCGUCGCAACGGGUGGGCGCAACCGCGUGGAUAACUGGCAAGGGUUCCAGCGCCACCGGUUCGUGGCCAUGAACAACGCGACCAAGGUCACGGGCGCCGAAGACGGCACGAUGGACCCGAUCAACUUUUCCCUGCCCGACAAGAUGUACAACAUUGCAGCGCAGGCGGUGGGCGGGCUGGGCGACUGGAUCAAGUCGUGGGCCAAUGUUGGGUUUACGGAUCUCAUGUGCGAGCCCGAGGGCAAGGCCGGAACGUGCAACUACACGAGCCCCUAUUUCAACAUCACCGAGGGGGUUAUGCUCUCCGAGAUGUACGACAACAAGUACCUCCCCGACGUUGACGGCAACAGCUUCUCAGGCCGGUACCUCGCGUUCCUGGGCAGCACGAGUCUCCCCAUCAAGUCGACGCUUUGGCGGGAAUGGCACGACAGCCGUCUCGUUGCAUGGAAACACUUUGUGCCGAUGGACACGCGGUAUAAUGAAUAUUACGGCAUCAUGGAAUACUUUUUGGGAUAUGGUGACGAGAGGCCAGGCCACGACGCCGAAGCGGAGAAGAUUGCCAUGGCGGGCAAGGCGUGGGCCGAGAAGGCGCUGCGUAAGGAAGACAUGCAGAUUUACACUCUGCGGUUGCUUCUCGAGUACGCGCGCGUUACGGACGAGAGAAGAGAGAGGAUGGGCUGGGUGCAUGACUUGCUGGCGGAGCAGACAUCCAGUUGA